AUGGAUCUCGUGCUUUCGUCAACAUUGUGGUCUAUUGCCCAGGAGCUAGCACUUUAUCUAGCUUUUACUGUGCCCACUGCCUUUGUCAUCAUAACCACUCAAAAGUCAUCCUUUCUUCGACUGGCCUGGACGCCAUGUCUUUUGUACAUUCUGUAUCGAUUCUCCCUCCAGGUGCCCUCGCUGACCACGAGUCAAUUCCUGAAAGGCGUGGCGGCGGGCCAAGCAACUGUGGCAGCUCUGCAAUGCCUCAAUCUCCUCCUCAUCACAAAUCUAGAUGAGACUGAGCUGGUACAUGCAGGAUUGUGCAUCCCAUCUUCAGGUCUGUAUUUUCGCGUUGCCUGUGCCUGGGCAUUGUUAGUCAACUUCCGAGGUAUCGGCACAGUCUGGGAGGUCAAGAAUGUACCCCAGCACGCAGCUUACCUCCAGAAAACCAAGCAGCAAAGGCUGAGCCGGAGGCGGUACGUCCUACGGGAAAGCGCCAUUAUCAUAUGGCAGUACCUGCUGCUGGAUUUAAUCUACAUGUCGACAAAGGACACGCCCCCGAGGGACUUGGCGCGCCUGUUCGGCCCAGGCUUGGAGUAUAGGUAUCUCGACGCAACGUUUGAACAGUGGUUAGGGCGUGUCUCUGUGGGGAUCUUCUCCUGGCUUGUGCCGUCGCGCGUCUGCCUGAACAUCAUUUCCCGGAUCUACUUCCUCGUCUUGGUGGUGCUGCGCAUUUCUGCGCCGGAGUCUUGUCGGCCGGGCUUCGGCAGAGUGCGGGAUGCUUGCACCAUCCGUGGUUUCUGGGGUAAAUUCUGGCAUCAAUCCUUCCGUUGGCCUCUCACCUCGGUGGGUAGUUAUGUCGCGAGAGACGUCUUGCGCCUCCCCCGCCCCUCACUUCUGGAACGCUACACCAACAUCUUCUUCACCUUUUUCACAUCCGGCGUGCUACACCUAGCCUGCGAUGCUAUCUUGGGUGUCCCACCAUCUGUGUCUGGGGCCAUGCCUUUCUUCUGCUUGUUUCCGCUAGCCAUCAUGCUCGAGGACGGGGCCCAGGAAGUUUGGCGCCGGGCGACGGGGCAGAGUCAGGGCGCGGUGCCCUUCUGGCAGAGGCUCGUGGGAUUCCUUUGGGUGGGUAGCUGGAUGUGUGCGACGUCGCCGUGGUACUUAUACCCAGCUGCGCGACAACAGCCGGAGAAAAACUGGAUGGUGCCCGUCAGUGUGGUGGAAGAGAUUGGUCUGGGGGUUGCGCAGAAGGUCCUGCUGGUUUAUGGGGUGGUGCUGUACUGGGCGAUUGGUGGGGAGAUUUAG